UCUUCUGUUGUCCCUGCGUCAAAUGAUGCGCCAGCGCCUUUGCUAUAAGAGCACCUGUCCUGGCCACACAUCACUCGCAUCUCACUUUCUCUCUCUCACGCACACGCUCACCUUCACACUCUCCUGAACUCCACGCAUACACUAUCUCCGCUACAAAGCAGUGGCAGACUCUACCAGGGUGCAGCGAUCAUGAGUUACUCCAGCGACAUUUACACUAGCAGCUCGUACCGGAAGAUUUUCGGAGAUGCGCCCCGCUCUGGCCGCGUGGGUCUGGGUGGCAGCAGCCCGUCCCGCGUGCCCUCUGCGGGAUACCGCAGCAGCCACCGCACUUACGGUUCCCCCGCCGGGAUGCCCCCCGCCGCUUACCGCCGGUCUGCCGCCCCCGGCCGCGUCUUCUCCUCCAUGCCGGACUCCGUGAUGGAUCUGACCCAGUCUACCGCGGUCACCAACGAGCUCAAGAUCAUCCGCACCAACGAAAAGGAGCAGCUGCAGGGCCUCAACGACCGCUUCGUGUCCUUCAUCGAAAAAGUGCACAACCUGGAGCAGCAGAACAAAGUCCUGGAGGCAGAGGUCACGCUGCUGCGCCAGCGCAACAACGAGCCGUCGCGCCUGCACGAGCUGUACGAGCAGGAGAUCCGCGAGCUGCGGGCGCGCGUCGAGGAGCUGACGCACGAGAAGAGCCAGAUGCACCUGGACUGCGUGCAGAUGAACGAGACGCUGGAGCGCGUGCGGGAGAAGUUGGACGAGGAGACCAGGCUGCGCGAGGAGGCGGAGAACAUCCUGAAAGGCUACCGGAAGGACGUGGACGACGCCACUCUGGCGCGCAUGGAGCUGGAGAAGAAAGUGGAGUCUCUGCUGGACGAGAUCGCCUUCCUGAGGAAAGUGCACGAGGAGGAGCUGCAGGAGCUGCAGGCGUCUCUGCAGGCCACCCAGGUGUCAGUGGAGAUGGAUGUGAGCAAACCAGACCUGGCUGCUGCCCUGAAGGAAAUCAGGUCUCAGUAUGAGAACCUGUCCUCCAGGAACCAGGUCCAGGCAGAGGAGUGGUAUCGCUCCAAGUUUGCAAGCGUAACCGAGGCCGCGGCCCGCAACCAGGACGCCGUCAAGCACUCGAAGGAGGAGCUGAGCGAGUACCGCAGGCAGAUGCAGGCUCGCACUCUGGAGAUUGAGGCCCUUCGAGGCCACAAUGAAGCUUUGGAGAGGCAGAUUGCAGAGAUGGAGGAUCGUCAUGGCAAUGAAAUCGGAGAAAUGCAGGACACCAUUCAGCAGCUGGAGGCUGCCCUGCGCAGCACCAAGGGAGAAAUGUCUCGUCACCUGCGUGAAUACCAGGACCUGCUCAAUGUCAAGAUGGCUUUAGACAUUGAGAUCGCAGCCUACAGGAAACUGCUGGAAGGUGAGGAGUGCCGCCUCAGUUCCAUUGGUGGAGCAGUGGUCCAGUCCGGCUACCCGGGAUUCUCUUACAUGUCAGCUCGAGCCUACAGCCUUGGUGCCUACAGGAAGUCUGGUGCAAAGUCCGAGGAGGAGGAGGAGGAGGAAGAGGCAGCAGACGAGCAGAAAGAGGAGGAGGAGGGCGAAGAGGGCGAAGACGGAGAGCAGGGAGAGGAGGGAGAAGAGGAAGAGGAGGGGGAAGAAGGGGAUGAGCAGGAGGGAGAGGAAGGAGAUGACCAGGAGGAGGGUGAGGGUGAAGGUGAGGAGGAAGAGGAGCAGGAGGAGGAGAAGCCUAAAGAGGUGGAGAAAGAGAAGAAGAAGGAGACCUCCAACAAGAACAUCAAGAGCUAAACUGCUUGUGUUCAUCAUCUUCAUCAUCAUCACCAAUAACACAUUCCAUAUCAACAACUCACACCAGACUCUGCACAAUCUCGAUGCCUCAUACCUUCACUGUUUGCUCUGUAACUUCAAACUGACUAGUACUGAUUGUAUUGGAGGCAGAAGGAGCUUUAGACGGUAACAGUUUCCUUAUACUCAUUCACAUCCUCUGCAGAGAUCACAUCGUAUACUGUAGGUGCAGACAGAUAGCAUGAUGCCACAAUGUUCACACACUACUUUAAUUAAGGGGCUCCUUUGUCCCCAUAUGAGCCACAGUAAAUGUGCCAUCAGUGAUCAAUACACACUGUAAGAGCAAUCAGUACCUUGAAAGUAACAAUAUUUUCAGCACACAGACUUUAAGAUUAACGCACAAAUCUUGGAGAAUGAGAAACAGCCGAGUCCAACUUUUACGGUGCUACUUGAUUUUUACAUAUAAAAGUUGGGGGAGUCCUGUAAGUGAAGACUUUCUCACAGAACAAAACUCUCGCAGCUCAUUCCUGAACGUCAGCUGGGCACACAGACGUCAUAGCAACAGACUUCAAGUCGCGCCCCACACGUCACUGAGCAGGUUCACACCCCGUGCUCGUUCCUGCGCUGCUUUCCAUCACGCUUCACCUACAGUAGCCCCGCAUCCCGUGCCGCCAAGACCAAAUGAAAUGUACCACCACACCUUCACUUUUAUUUUCCAUUGUCUUUCAUUCGCUGCAGAGCAAUAAUGGCAACGUGGAGCUGAGGAAUACUGUAAAUACAGAUGUGCUUGGAGACCGGGUGAUUAUUUUCAGAAGCUGGAAAGGAGGAGUGCUGCAGCUUCUCCAUAGAGGAGUGCAUCUUUUGGAAUGAAAAAUGUUGUGAUUCAAUUGCUGCUAUAAAUAUUUUUAGGGGAUUAUAAUUUGUCCCCCCUUAGAUUGAUUCAUUUGUCAAGGAUCUUAUCAGCCGUCAAUGCUUUCAGAGUUUAUUGUAAACUUUAAGUUGUGUACUUCUUUAUUCUCACUAUGUCAGCUCAAUGAUGCUUUUGUUUAAUUUUGCUGGGUGUCAUUGUGAGACAGCUCAUGGUGACACCUAGAGCCCUCAGUUCAGACUGCAAGUGACAGAUGGGGCAAAUGCUACUGGAGCCAUGGUUACAGAGACUCAUAUAAGGGCUAUUUUGACCAAAACCCCUUCAUCCUAUAAUGUUGGUAUCAUUGUUUAUUAUUUUACAUUUCCUAUUGAUUUCUUUUUUUGACAAAUGAAUCAAGACAGGGAAAGAAUGCAUGGCCUGAAUCUUGGAGCUUGAAUAUCUGCUGGAUGGGAUCGACUUUUGCUUGUUGUGUGUUCAAUUUAAAACUUGCCUUAACCAUGACUGAAAAUGAAACGUAUUUUCACCUGCAUCUCAUUAAUUGCUGGGGAGGCUGAGGAGCGCUGACACUUUCCAGACCGUUCUGCUAUACAACUGUGACUGUAUACGUGCUGCUCAUGCAGUGAUAUUUCUCUCAAAGCCAAAUAAAGACAUUUAUUAACCAAA